CUGGUGGUAGAUUAGACAUAUCGACCAAUACAGACAACCGACCAAUUAUUUGUGUACAGAGCUACAUGCGUUUCACUGCGUAAAAUAAUAGACAUGUAAAAAUACUCUGUGAUAUGACUAGGUUACAAACAAUAAUUUUGUUUUUCUAUUAAUAAUUUACUAUGUGUUCAUUAUCUAUAUAAGUAAUUAAAAAACUGGUAUACUUGUACUAAACUCAAAUAUUUUGAAUGCUCUAUACUUACUUCCUUUACUGUUUGUUUAUCUUUCUAUUUAUAUGUACGUUGUGUCCGUUUCAUAAAGAAUUAUUACUCGUAUACGAUGAUAAAGUCUCAAGAAUCUCGUGAUUUUGAAUUAGCUCGUAAAUUAUACCAAGAAGACAAUUACUUUGGACUGACGGAAAAUGCAAUUUUACCUAAGAAUAAUAAAGAAAAUUACAAACCAAGAACCUUAAUUGAUCAAACUUUGGAACUAAUUGAUCCAACUCCCAAUAUUUAUACACUAUUUAUGCAAUUUAAUGAACGGUUCUUUUGGAAUGUGUUACUGCCUGUAGAAGUUAAAUGGAGCCCUAGAAUGACAAGUUGUGCUGGUGUAUGUACUUUUCAUCCUAGAAAUCGACAAUGUGUAAUUUCACUUAGUGCACCAUUAUUAAAACUUAGACCAAGGAAAGAUCUUGUAGAAACUCUAUUGCAUGAAAUGAUCCAUGGAUAUUUAUUUCUCACAAACAACAAUCGUGAUAGAGAUGGACAUGGCCCAGAGUUUUGUAAACAUAUGAACAGAAUAAAUAAAGAAGCUGGAACAAAAAUAACUAUAUAUCAUAGCUUUAAUGAUGAAGUUAAACUGUACCAACAACAUUGGUGGAGAUGUAAUGGUCCUUGUCGAGAAAGAGCUCCAUAUUUUGGAAUAGUACGUAGAGCUAUGAAUCGUGCACCAGGUCCAAAUGAUUAUUGGUGGCAAAAACAUCAACAAAUAUGUGGUGGUCAAUAUACUAAAAUUAAAGAACCAGAAAACUAUAAGGCAAAAACCUCAAAAAACAAAGAAAAAGCAAACCUGGUUUCAAAAAACAAUAUUUCAACAAAUAAUUUGUUUGACUGGCUUAAAAAGCCUAAUUCUACUACUGCAUCUACAGCCACACCUAUACCAAUAAAUGUCAAACCACUUUCAAAUACUCCAGAUUCAUUAAACAAAUACAAAAGACAUAGCACUAAUACAAAUAAUGUUCAAGGUUGGGGUGUAAAAGGCCCAAAUAGUUCACAUAAGUCUAUUGCUGUACCAACAGAUACUUUCACUCCAACGAAAAUCAAACCAGUUUCAAAUAAUCCGGAUUUAUCAAACGGAUUUAAAAAACUCGGAACUAGUACAAACAGUGUUCAUGGUUGGGGUGUAAGAGGUCCAACAACUGAUUCAAACAAUUCACAAAAAUUUAUUUCUACACCACUAUUUGCAUCUACUCCAGAAAAAAUCAAACCACACUCAAACACUCCAGAUUUCUUAAACAGAUUCAAAAAACUUGGAAAUAAUACAAAUAAUGUUCAUGGUUGGGGUACAGGAGGUCCAAAUGGCUCAAAUAAUACACAGAAAUCUACUAGUUUAAUUUCUAAUAAUCCUAAAUUCUCUUCUUCUGGAACUCUUGGUGGUUCUACCACAGGACGAAGUAACUUAUUGAGUAAAUUUGAUAAUAGGAAGAAUCGUCCUGACUUCAAUCGAAAUAUUAAAGUAUCAAAAGAAAUAACGGGUGCAUCCACUGUCGCAAAAGCAGGAAAAUCGCCUAUUGAUAGUCAAUCGACAAAUAUGGUGAAACUUGUAGAAUGUCCAAUAUGCAGUAAUUUCGUGCCAAGCAGUGACAUAGAUAAGCAUGUAGAUUCUUGUUUAAUAAUAUCUGAUAAUAUCAGUUCUACCAAAGCACAAGUAAAAGUAGACGAAACCUCAUCCACACAGAAAAGAAAAAUCAAUAUGAGUACGUUCUCAAGCAAACAACCAAAAUUAGAUCAAUCAGAAAAUAUAAGAGUGACAAAUUGUCCUGUCUGUGAUAAAAGUUUUGAAUAUACGAGUAUUAAUGAGCAUCUCGAUAAAUGUCUUUUAGAUGCAAAUGAACAAGAUAAUUCGACUAUUAAAUUAGAUAAUAAAAAUGUUGCAAGUGAAAUGAAAAAUGAAAGCAUAAUUUCCAUAAGUAGUACUAGUACUAGUAGUAAUUCAUCCUCCUUUUCAAUUACUGAAGACUUGAAAGAUCUUUAUUCUAAGCCAAAGCCUCAGAAAAAAAAUGCAAUUGACAAUUCACAAAAAUGUUUAGUUUGUAAUAUGUUUAUUCCUCCCGAGAUGUCAUUAAAUGACCACUUAGAAGACUGUAUUGGAAAUCUUUUUAACGAUGAUUCAGAACUGUCAAUAGAUUAUGUUGAUGUAAAAAUGUCAGAAAAAUCUCCCAAAGUACCAGUUGACCAGAAUAAUAGAUAUCUUUGUCCUGUUUGCACACUAUUAAUAUCAGAGUCUUUCAUGAAUCAACAUUUAGAUGAAUGUCUGAAAAACACGUGACUGCAGUAGACCAAUUUAUUAUAUUCUUUAUUUAAUAAUUUAUAUUGAUAAUUAGUUUUGUAAUUGUAUUUCAUUUUGCAAAUUAAUGCCGUUAUUCUAUAAGCGAGAGAAGUGAAUAAACAAUUACGUGUUAUUAUUACUUUAUAGAUACAAAGUGAAAAUAAAAUAUUUUUUUUAAUAAAA